AUGAGUUCCGAGUCUUCCCAGCCCCCCGAAAUGACCUUCAGUGUCCUGGGCUCUGCCGCCCCUGUCAUAGCGCCCCGAGUCGGUAAAUUGGCCAUCCCCGGCCGCAAAGCGAUAUCCACGCCGCACUAUCUGCCCGUCACAUCGCGGGGCGUGAUACCCCAUAUUUCGAACGACAAUGUGCGCAACGAAACCUCAAUCAACAGUUUUUACGUUGGAUUGGAAGACUUCAUUGAAAAGAGUCACAAGUCCCCCGUAUAUAGGAUACCCAUUGAAGAAAAUGAGUCGCGUUUGCGGAAAUUCAUGUGCACUCCUGCCGACAUACCGUUAAUCAUGGGUCCGCGCCGAUUCCCUGCUAUUCCCUGCCCACCUGCCAAUACCGAGACUUCAAUCGCGAUCUCUACAUGCGACGGCUACCGCCAACUAUCAGCAGAUCACUAUCUAGAUGCGAUACAUAAGCUCACGCCAGACAUUAUUGUUGGACUUGCGGAUAUGGUGCUCGGUAGACCGCCUGGUAAUAAGAGACGUGGGAAGAUGGUUGAUCGCACACAUGCAUAUACCCGGGAUGCAUUGGAGCGACUAUACAGCACGACCGUUGCAGAGGACAAGAAAUGCAAGGCAGCGUACUUUGCUCCUAUCUUGCCGCUUGAAAAUGCGCAGCAAUCGCUUUACUUGGAUGAUUUGGAGACUGAGUUCCGUGAUCACCUUUCUGGAUUGGCGCUGUACGAGUCUGCUUCUCUUUCUUUCAUCCCGGAGUCUUUGGGGGCUCUGCCUAGACUGCUUAUUGAUGACCCGCGUGGGCCCCACGAUGUACUGCGUGAGGUCUUCUUGGGUGCAGAUCUGAUGACUCUACCCUUUAUUGGGAACUCGUCAGAUGCGGGCAUCGCGUUUGAUUUCACCUUCCCGGCUCCGUCUCAAGAAGAAGGGGAAAACCCCUUGGCUUUGGGAAUGAAUAUGUGGGAAUCUCAGUAUGCUAGGGAUGUCUCUCCUCUACGCGAAGGCUGCGAAUGCUACGCUUGCCGAAAGCAUCAUCGGGCCUACUUGAAUCACCUAUUGAAUGCGAAGGAGAUGACUGCGUGGGCCCUUCUUCAGAUGCACAAUUUCCACGUCAUGGAUCGUUUCUUCCAGGGCGUGCAAGCUAGUAUCCAGGCUGGCACUUUUGAGCGGGACGUUGACGCGUUCAAUCGUGUAUAUGCCUCAACGUUACCUGAGCGAACUGGACUAGGUCCUCGACUCCGUGGCUACCAACUACCGGCUGCAGGACCCAACGAGCCCCGUCGGACACCCCGUGUAUAUGGUCGUCUUGAGGAUGCUCUUCAAAAGUUUCAGGACUCUCAGUCCUCCAUUGCGACCCCAGAUACUGACGCAGAGGGCCUUGAGAAGCAUGGGUUUGCGGAAAAGAUAUAG